CUCGACCACAACAACCGAAUCCGGAAAUGAGUCCGUCUCGACCCGGUUCGUGUCGACUUGGGCGAGGCCUUGUUUUUAUCCUAAAUGAUGGCUGAAGAUGAUUACAUUUGACGCGGAGUAAGCAAGGCUUUAAAAAUGAAUCCAGUCACUCGUUGUUAAGCGGUCAGUUAAAUAAAAGAGCGCCAACAAUAUAGGUACUUUGUGUUUGGGUCAUUCUCUAACGUGGCACACAUUACGUCAUCAUCAAUGGAUGACAUGCUGUUUUCCAAAUAAAAACAACACGCCUCGCAAGUUUUUAUUGAUGGCGUCCUCCAAAGUCGACAUUGGCAGCAAUGAGAGCAACUGUUCCAAAGAGAACAAUGGCAGCCGUCUUUCCGCCGAAGCAGCAGCAGAGCAGACUUAUUUCUGUGUGGAUGACCUGGUGAACGUCGCCACUGUGGGUACAGGAACAUUUGGUCGCGUUUAUCUGGUUCGGGACAAGAAGAGCAGGACCUUCUAUGCCCUGAAGCAGAUGAGGAUCCCUGACGUUAUCCGCCUAAAGCAGGAGCAGCAUGUCUUCAAUGAAAAAGCCGUGCUGAAAGAGGUCAACCACCCAUUCCUCAUCCGACUGUUUUGGACGCACCAUGACGAACGCUUCCUCUAUAUGUUGAUGGAUUACGUGCCUGGCGGGGAGCUGUUCAGCUACCUUCGCAACCGUGGCCGUUUUAUCAACACAACAGCUCUCUUCUACGCUUCUGAGAUUGUCUGUGCUAUUGAAUACCUCCACUCUAAAGACAUUGUCUACCGUGACCUAAAGCCAGAGAACAUCCUGCUGGACAGAGAGGGCCAUAUCCGUCUGACCGACUUCGGCUUUGCCAAGAAGCUUUCUGAGAGAACCUGGACACUCUGUGGUACUCCAGAGUAUCUAGCUCCAGAAGUCAUCCAAAGCAAGGGUCACGGUCGAGCAGUGGACUGGUGGGCUCUCGGCAUCCUCAUCUUUGAAAUGCUGGCAGGGUAUCCACCUUUCUUUGAUGACAAUCCUUUUGGAAUCUACCAAAAAAUCCUGGCAGGAAAACUGGACUUUCCACGUCAUCUAGAUUUCUAUGUCAAAGACAUCAUCAAGAAGUUUCUGGUGGUUGAUCGAGGAAGAAGACUUGGCAACAUGAAGAAUGGCACAGAAGAUGUGAAAAAGCAUCGAUGGUUCAAGGCAGUUGACUGGGAGACUGUUCCUCUGAGAAAAAUGAAGCCUCCAAUUGUUCCCAAAGUCUCCCAUGAAGGCGACACCACAAACUUUGAAGUGUACGCCAAUGACGAGUUGGAAACAGACUCUUCUGUUCCACCCAGAGACUUGGAAAUCUUCAAGAACUUCUGACAACACUGACUUUUCUCCGUUGGAAGUCAAAGUUGGUUAAAUGUCUUUAACUCGUUUUAACUCCAUAAAUCAAUCUGCUCUUUUUUAUUUUUCAAUAUUGUUUUCUAGGCAGAAAAAAAACUUAAGACUGUUACUUUCUAGCUCGAACAAAGACAAUCUUGUUUGAGACAAAUGUUUUAUAUUUUGUCCAGUUUUGAUAUUAUUCUUUAUGACCUUUGAACCCUGUGACUGUUCUUGUACCAGUAUUCUGGCCAGACGUGAGUAAUAUGAGGAAUACUACUUUAUGUAUCGGAGCAUAAGGUGCCUUAUGUUUUUGCUACAGAUUUGGAGAUUUUACUUGAAUUUUUUUUUUUUGUCAACUUGUAAUACAUUAUGGCAUGUGAAAAACAACAGUUUGCGGUUUUAUGGUGCUAUUGGCUCCUGUAACAUUUCUUUUUUACAUUAAAAUCUAUGUAAAAGAA